AGUUGAUGUUCGUGUGGAUUCUGUCCAAAGUCUAAAAAACGGCCACUGAACGACUUGUCGCCCAGGCUUCGCAAACCUUGCGAUCCUGUGAACCUGCCCUGGCCAGGACCAGAGAGCACAGAAUUCGACCGUCGCCAUGGCCGAAGUCGAGAGUCGGAGCCUCGAGCUCAGGGCCGUUGCCUUGGGCGCCUGGGCUCUGGCCCUCGUGGCCUCACUACUACGCGUGUACGCUCGCGCAUUCAUCAUGAAGGCAUUUGCCGCCGACGACUGGCUCAUGAUGGUCUCGAUGUUUGCGUUCACGAUCAACACCAUCACAUGUGUGCUGGGAACCGUUUAUGGUUCUGGCAGCCACAUGGCGGACCUAUCUCCUGAAAAUAUCGAGACCGCACUGAUGUGGUGGUUUGCCUGCUACCCCUCCAUUGCGGUGACUCUAGCUUUCUCGAAGAUCUCCGUCGGCUGCUAUCUCCUCCGUAUUGCGACACAGAGGAUACACCGCUGGAUCAUCUACUUGGCGCUUGCUGCCACCAUUCUAACCAGCACCGCAUUCUUCUUUGUAACCCUCCUACAGUGCAACCCUAUUCCCUUUGCCUGGCAGAAAAUCACCGGGUCUGGAACCUGUAUCGACAUCGACACGGUCAUCAACAUCAUGUACGCGUACAGCUCGCUUACUCUCUUUGCGGAUCUUGCAUUUACGCUUCUGCCGGCGUGGCUCGUCUUCAACCUGCAGAUGAACCUGAAGACGAAGCUGGCUCUGACUCUUGUCCUCAGCAUGGCCUGCAUUGCCAGCACCGCGGUCAUCGUGCGCUUCCCCCAUCUUCCCGACUUCAGAAACCCCGAUUUCCUCUUUGCCGCCACCACCGUCUCCAUGUGGACCCAGAUCGAAGCCGGCCUCGCCAUCGCCGCAGGCAGCUUCGCGACCCUCCGGCCGCUGUUCCGCAUCAUGCUCGUCAAGCUCGGCCUGACGACCGACACGGUCCCGACGUACGGCCGCCACGGGCCCGGCGGCGACCACAACUACCACGCCAGCAGCGGCGGCGGCGGCAUCGGCAGCAGCAGCGCCUUCACCAAGAGCCGCGCGACCGCGCGCAACAUGUUCAGCAUGACCACGUUCAGCCGGAUGGACGACGACGUGACCGACGCGGACGACGACUCGACGGGCCGCAGGGAGGGGAGCCUGGGCAGCACGGCGGACCUGCACAAAAAGACGGGCGGCGGCGUCGAGGUCGCCGUCGUGCGGAGGGACGAUCGCGUCGGCGACUACACGGUGCAGAUUGAGUCGCAAGGGGGUGCGAAGGGCAAGCUCAGGAGUUCUUCUGGUGGUGAUGUGGCAGCGGGGGGCGGCCAUCAUCAGCGGGACGUGAGUGACCACAAGGUCUUGGAGAUUCACUACACAAAGGAGUUUGGGUCGGGCCCUGGUUAAAGUCUUUUGCGAAGGGUGGCACUCAGUCCUUUUGAUCGCAAGCGUUUCGAAUUAGACGGCCAGAUUGGGUCCUAUUUCUCUGCCUAUGGAGGCGAUGGUGGCCGUAGGGAUUUUGCUAGACGGCGGUACGUGUGGGGAGCCCACGGAAGCCAUGUACAUAUAUUAAUCUCAUUUACUCACAGCUCGGUACUGGUGCCCUUUAGUUCUGUCACA